AUGGCGGCGGUUUCGGCAGUCUGUGGAAGAAUCAUAACUGCUAAAGCCUUGCAGUUAAGGCCUGUUGUUGCUUUGUCAAAGGUACGUGAAAGGAGAUGAAAUUGAAUAACACUGAUUUAGUUGAAUGGAGGUCACUAAUCAACUAAGUUGUUGUUUUCAGUGUGAUUGAUUCAACAUAAGCUUAACACGAAAUUGAGAUUAGUGAUUUCCAAACGCCCGGCCACAAUCCAGGGUUUUUAUUUAAUCGAUGGAUUCUUUUGGUUCACAUUAAGGUCACGUUAACACAAGCUUUCAUUGGUAAACUUUUUCAAAUUGAAAGUUUUUUUAUCCAAAUAGUUCCUCUUAAAUUAAAAAUGUAAGUGUAAAUAAACUCUUUCUCUUGUUGCAUAAGCAUAUUUUUUUAACACUUGUAAGAUUAUAUCAGUAAUAAUUUCUCUUUCAAUAGAAGUUUUUAGAAAAUUAAGAUUGUGUAACCACAGAAUGAACUUAUUUAGGUCUCUAUCAUUAAAAAGAAAGCAGAAAUAUGUGUGAUCUGGGUGAAAUAUAUACAUAGUAUAAAAUCCUAUUGUUGUCCCAGGCAGCUACAUCUCAACCAGUCUACAUAGUAAAUCCUCUAUACGUGACCACCUUUCGUAAGGUACUUGAAUCAUUCGUUCUUAUCAAAGCAUUGUAUUUGGAACUUCAUGUAAGCUUCAACCUCCUGCACAAUAGGCACCAAAACUCAGCAUUCUAGACAACUAUUUAUGGGAGGUGUGAAUGCAUUUUAAUUAAGUACAGUGAUUGCAUUAAAUUAUAUACGUAUGUAGCCUCCCAUGCAUGCAGACAUUCUUUUGGCUCAUCAUGCAAUCCUCCCUGUCCGUGGGAAAGGAACGCAUGACAAAGCCUUAAGAAUGUCUGCAUUGGAGCUGAGGCUACAAGAGUUGCAGGAUUGGGAAUUUCUAUCAGCUUUCCAGAGACUUAAUGCCAAACAACUGAGAGAAAGUAAAGCAUCAGACUAAUGCUGUAUUAUUUUAUUUGCAGCUUCCUGUUCGUAAUGCAGCCACAGUCAGUGAGAGUCCUCGUAUGAAGACUUUCUCAGUCUACCGCUGGGUGAGUGGCUUGUUUCAAAUUUUUUUGCUUUACCAGUACUAUAGUUCAACCUCCAUUAAGUGGCUACCUAUUGUAGUAUGAGUGCGACCUGGUAUUGAACCAGGACGCAUGUGCAAGGCACUAAGGAAACGUGGUGUGUUUGUUGUAAGCUCAUUCGACUUGUCUUCUCUUUGUCUUUGCUCUUAGCAGUACCCAAGUCUUAUUAUUGCGGACCAGUAUUGCUUCUCCCAUUGCAAGUUUGUUUUAAAAUAAAGUCUGCUAAAGAUUUUGAGCGGCCAACCUGAGUCCAUGUCUUCUCUUUGUCUUUGCUGGCUGCUUAAUGCAGUAUAUUUCCCAAGUCUUAUUCCCAAAAAACACGAAAUACCGCCGCCAGAAAUAUUUCCAAAUACAUGUCGGCAAAACCAGUUUUAUUUGGCUUCCUCCCAUUGCAAGUUUGUUUUAUCCAAAAUAAAGUCUACCAGGCUUCUUAAUGAAUUUUGAGCUGGGCACUAACCUGAGUCCAUGAGUGGCCAAGCUUGCUGAUUAUCCCUGUUAAAAAAAUCGGUGGUGCUGCUCAAAUCGAUGCUAGCGAAAUGUGAAAUGGGCUUUUUUUACAUUGUUUCUUGGCGAAGUUUCCCCCUCAAAUUUCUGUAAAUCGUUUUUUCUAAGAAUUUGCCCAAAACCCAAAAUGUUUUUCAAAAAUCCUGGAUAUUUUUCUAUCCAAAAUCCCCGAUAAAUCACUAUCCAGUGGGUAUCAGAAGCCCUGUUAAUGGAAGUUCAACUGUAGUGAAAUCAAUAUUACACUAACCAUUGGAUAGUGAUUUAUCCAGUGGGUAAGUAUUACGGAAAUCAAUAUUACACUAACCGUAUAGUGAUUUAUCCAGUGGAUAGCGCUACCCAACGUUUGAACAACUGGGGCCUGGUGAUCAUUAUUGGCUGUGUUGCAGGCAUGGGUUGGGAGAGGAGUGUCACGGGUGUGACCUAAAGGUACCCAUCAGACUAUCACACCACAUAAGCUGCUUUUGAAACAAGUUUGUUACCUCCAAUCGUCACCCUAGUAAUAAAAGCUUGACAGAUUUCUAACAGCAAUGCUGGGAAUUAACAAAGUCAUUUCUGGCACAAUUGUCAUCACAGACUUCCUCCAUCUAUACUAAGAGUUAAAAAAAAGUAUUUUCAUUUUUAUUUUUAGGAUCCAGAUAAACCAGGUGAUAAGCCAAGAAUGCAGCAAUAUGAAGUGGAUCUUAAUAGGUUUGUGCCAUCAUUUUCUUUGUUUUAGGAAAUUGUAUCUAGUAGCUACUGGGCUUUUUAACAAAAUCUCUAGUGGCUGCCUCAUAAAAUUAAGUCACCAGUAAAAAAAAAAUCACGUUGGCCUUAUACAUCAUCUGACCUUGUUAUGAUGGUGAUAGUGAUGAUAAUAAAUUGAUAAUGAUGAAAUUAUAGCACCAAUUAUGAAAAUAUUCUUUAAAAGGUCUUCCAUUUUAUUGGUGUGCUUACACAGGUAAUAAAAAGCCUGAGAUAAAAAAUAAGGAAACCAACCUAAAGCUAGUAUUUGAUUUGUGUGAAGAGGACGGUAUCUUGUAGAUAAUAUCCAUUCUAAGGGUAAAUCUUUAUCUUUUAUCAAGGUAAUUGCCAAUAGCAAAAAGCACUGUUGAAUCAAGGUUUCCCAGAGUUUGAAUCCUACCAACAAGCUUAUCCUAGUGGUUUGAAUAUUGUUGAAGCCUGAGAAAGAUUUAACUUACAAAUGCAUACACAGUACAUGUCGAUGUCAAAUUUAAACAAAGUUUUGUACUUCACAGAUGCGGCCCAAUGGUACUGGAUGCACUGAUCAAAAUAAAAAAUGAAAUUGAUCCCACACUUACAUUCAGGCGCUCAUGCAGAGAGGGUAAAUAUUAUCUCUAAAUGUUAUUUUUGUUUCUUGUCUUUAUUUUAAUAUGUUUUAUCGUUAAUUAACUUUUUUGUCUCAUUCAACAGGAAUAUGUGGCUCUUGUGCUAUGAACAUCGCAGGGACCAACACAUUGGCUUGUAUCAGGUGAGAUAAUUCUUUCAGCACCUGGAGAAAGCAACCCCUUUGUUGUCUCCUUAAAAUUUUUCCUUUUUUUAAACACUUAAUUAAGGACAAGAUUAUUAUUUUCUUUUUUUUUUAAAACCUCAGUUGCUUUUGUUUUAUGGAUUUAAUUUUCUGCUUUAUAAUAGAAAUAGAGAUCGUGAAAAUAAUGAGAGCUUUUUCUUUUCAGUCGAAUUAACCCUGACGUUGGAAAGAAAACAAAGAUAUACCCCCUCCCACACAUGUAUGUGGUAAAAGAUCUUGUGCCGGUGAGUUUAGUUUUAUGACAGUGAUCUCUGUCAUCACAAUAGGGUACUUCAGCUGAACACUGAACAGCUACAACCAUGUUUUAUUUUAUUUUACAUAUUAAAGAGACUAAGUUAAUUUUAGGAAUUUAUUCUGUCUGACAUUUAUUUAGGACAUGAACAAUUUCUAUGAGCAGUAUCGGUCAAUUGAACCAUAUCUUAAGAAGAAAACUGAGGUGGAAUAUGGCAAGGAACAGUAUUUACAGUCCAUUGAAGACAGAAAAAAACUGGUGAGUUGAUAAUGGUAGUACCACUUCUUUUCUGUUAAUUACAGGAAGUUAAUCGACCCCAUCUAUGACACUAUGCCUCUGCAGGCUGGACCAUACUCUAGCAGAGCCCAGUAGCCCCUGGUAGGCAACUUUUGCUCUUUGGCGACUAGAAAUGACAGGUUAAGAGUACUGGGCCUCCUUCAAGGUAACUUAGAGCACAGCCUUGCUAGGAAAACAUCAAGGCUAAAAAUAUAAUUGUCUUGGCCUUUCAUUAAUACCCUUUGUAGCAAGCAUUUCCAUUUGUGUUUUUUGUGGUUCAUUCCAACUUUUACCCAAGAACUUGAGUAGAAACUCUUGCUACACAGGCUAGCUUUCAUUUACAGUACCUUGCAAGUAUUUCAGCACUUCCUGUUCUAGCCUAUUCUGAAACUGAUCUCUCUUUCUUCGUAUUUUAGGAUGGCUUGUAUGAGUGUAUCCUGUGUGCAUGUUGUAGCACAUCCUGCCCUAGCUACUGGUGGAAUGGAGAUAAAUACCUUGGGCCAGCAGUUCUUAUGCAGGCCUACCGCUGGAUGAUUGAUUCUCGGGCGAGUAUUAACACUACGUUCUAUUCUUGUAACUUUGCAGUAUUAGUAGUCCAGAUUUUUUCUGUUGUACAUGUUUUUGCCUGUAAUGUUUACUGAUAAACUACAGUGUAUUGCAUGUGCUCUGUUAAAAACCAACUUUAUUUAGUUUCUGGGUUAACUGUUAAAGUAUUGGCUUCUUAUUUAACAUAAUUAUUUGAUUUUGUUACACCCCAUUAUGAUUGGGCAAAAGCAUACUUAAACAGUUUACCUGUAACAAGUUAUUUUAGUAUUUUUUUUUCAUGUUUUUUGUUGUCACUAUAUUUAACAUUGGCUUCCUAUAAUUAUAUGUAACCUUGUUGUAGGAUGACUACACUGAAGAGCGCUUAGCUCAACUUGACACAGAUCCGUUCAAAGUGUACAGGUGUCACACUAUCAUGAACUGUACAAAGACUUGCCCAAAGGUAUAGUAACUCUCCGUAGACUGUAUGUUGACCUUUUCUGCUCACAAUAAAUGAGAUUAGAGAAAAGCCACAAUAAUAUUCUACCUACAAAUAAAUAAAUUUGAAUGAUGGCAUGGUAGCCAACUGCCCUAUACCUUACACUUCGGACCUGUAGAUUCAGGUUCAAGCCUUGCCAUCCCAUUGUUUCAUUAGACAAGAAACUUUGCUCCUCUUAGACUUUGGUCUUUCUUCACCCUUUACCAUGGUGUAUAUAUGGGUUUCAUUGGGAGGGGGGGGGAGGUAAUCAUCUGAUGAAUAUCCCAUCCAGGGAAUGACGAUAAUGGGAAUUUGCACUAAAAUAGAAAUUGCAUCAUUGAUAUACUUGUAAUUAGUAUAAGUUAUUAUUCAAAGAUUAAUAAGGAAGUUGUAGCUGUAGCAGUGACUGUGAGCCCUCUUCACAUCAAUGAUUGGGAGUUAGAUUUAGUGUUUUCCUCUGCUUGGCCAAACAUAUGGGAACCAGCCCCAGUGAUAGCCAAAACCAGGACUGUCAUUGAGGGUCUGAGACCAGAUAUUUCCCCCAGCUCCUAUGGGCAAGAGCCCUGGCUACUUUCAUAAUAAAAACAAAGAAUUCCUAGCUGUUCAAUUCUUAUCUAAUGUUCACUGUUAUUAUAAUAUUAUUCUUCAUCCAGGGGCUAAAUCCAGGAAAGGCCAUUGCUGAAGUGAAAAAGAUGUUGUUCUCUUAUCAGACCAAGAAGGCUGCAGCAGCCUAAACCCAUUCUUGUCUUUUAUAGGUCAAAUUAAGUCUUGAAAGUAUAUUAAUUUUUAAGGAACAUCACUACAGAGUAAACUACAUUGUAUUUCAGAGGGGAGUGAGUAGUCACUGAGAGUUUAGGAAAAAUGUCUGUAACUGUAAAUUUUAUUUUUCAUUCCAAAGCUCUUUGAAUUUCUGAUUAUGCGCUAACUUUAACUAAUUCCACAAUAAAAUGGAUGGAAAUUUAAUUACUUUACCUUUGUUCAUAACAAACUGGCAGAAUACCAUUGUUUUAUUAGUCUUUGCUCUGCCAAUGAGUUUGGUGUAAUUUGUAACAAGAGUUUUGAACUCUACAAUAACUAUGUUGUUUAAAUAAUUACAUAGUCACAAAUAAAAGGUUUUCCUUGUACUGAAUACUUCAUUAAAAAGUAAAGUUUUUCUUUCUGUACUGCACAGUAUGAUAUUUUUUUUACAUAGUAUAACAUUACAGUUGACAUCCAUUGACCAAAGGUAGUAUCCAUGUGGGCUAGUCUCUUUUGAAUGACAAAGAAACAACAGCAGGAUAUUUUUGUACUGUGUGAAUCAAGCAAGGAAUCAAACCUGAUUCCCUUGAGUGCCAGGCAAAUAAGACACCACUUAACACCACUUCACUUUCCAGGAACCAACAGUUGUUAGUAGAUGAAAUAGUCAUGCACAAGGUCAGGACAUUGGGAAUCUGCAUCUCAGGAAGUCACUGCAUGUUAUGUUGCACACACUCAACUUCGGUGUUCCAUGAAUUGUAUGCACAUUGAUAGAGUCAUGCUAAAAUGAAAAGUCAAAGUGGUAGGUUGUAAUAAUUAUUGUAUUUCUAAAAACUGAAAUUGCCAUAUCAUAGCUGUUAUCAAUCCCAACUAUUACAACACCUCUGGAACAUGGUGAGACAAAUUCAAAAAAUCAAAAAUCAACUCUCCAAUAAUUAUUUCUGUUUACUAGCCAGAGCUCUAAAGAGCAAAACCAUGAAAGUAAUAGCAAAAUAAGUAACGACAACAACCCUUGAGCUAUCACAUCAGACAAGACUUUUGCCACACCAAAAGCAACAGGAGUACCCACGCCCCAAGGUAAACAGUGUUCCAAGGUCAAAAGUGUCUUCUGUGGCGCCCUGUCUAGUUGGAAAAUGGAGCUUUCUCAGCAUCUUUGGUCGUUCCUACUUACGGUAAUGCAACCAAGUUUUCAUCGACAGAGGCAAAGUUAGAAUGACUCAUUGAAAAACAAAUUCAGUAUAGCAUUUUUACCUGGAGUAAAAGGAGAACUGUAUUUCCUUUCCUCUUGGUUCACAUCAUAGCAAAAAAUCCUGCCAAGAAGAGAAAGAGUGGCUUUGUCACUUUCUGUACUAAAAGUAAAUACAUCUUCCAGUCUUCACCUUGAAUGAUAAAAAUUGUUACCUUAUGCCAUCAAACAAGGUAGAUAAUAUCCUUAUGGUUGGCAACAAAAAAUGAUGAUCAUUCAUUUGCUCUAGUUAUAAAAUUUAGUCUUCAUGUUAUGCUACAUUUCAAAAUGCAGCCAACCCAAAG